GUGUGUGUGCGUGCGUGCGUGCGUGUGUGUGUGUGUGUGUGUGAGUGUGUGUGUGUGUGAAAUAAAAUAGAGGAAGCGGAAGGUUAUCCCAGUGCAGAUUAAUGUUUGGCAAAUAUUACUACGCUGUAAUCUGGGUCUCUCACAACUUGUUAUGAUCAAGUGGAAGACACCUGAAGCAGUGGAUAUACUUUGAUUCAAGAACUGGUAUUCUUCAGCAAAGAAGAGAAUCUGGUCUAUGUGCGCUGAAGACAAGAGAAAGCUUAUUCAGAAAAUCUACAAAGAUGGAGGUGAACGUGUCCAGCUGCCUCUCUCUGUUGGUUUAUAUCUUCACAUUUCUGCUUGGACUUCCUGCCAACCUCCUUGUUCUUUUCGUCUAUGUCCGCAAAGCUCGAAAACACGGUGCCACCCCCAACGUAGUUUACGCUCUCAACCUGUGCGUAGCAAAUUUGGCACUCGUCUCAUGGAUGCCCAUCAAAGUAACCGAGAUGGUCCUUCGGGGCUGGAAACUUCCAGCUGCUGUGUGUCCCGUUUACAGCUUCUUUCUGUUCUCCUCGCUUUACGGGAGCAGCCUUCUGCUCACAGCCGUGGUCGUGGGCCGCUACCUGAGCAUCGCCUACCCCAUAACCUACAAGAUUUACCGCAGAGCCCGAACUUCUUGCCUGGUGAGUGCCAUCUUGUGGGCUUUGGUGAUUGUACACCUUGGUCUUGCUUUGAUUGCAGAAGGAGGAGGCCAGUUCGUUUCAUUUUCGGAACUGAACGCCUCCUCGUGCUAUGAGAACUUCACAUACGAGCAGUUAAAAUUUCUGGUGCCGUUGCGGCUGGAGAUGUCGCUGGCUCUGUUCCUGGUGCCUUUGAUCGUGUCGGCGUUCUGCACGCUGCGCUGCGUAGUGCUCGUGAGGCGCUCUUGCUUGUCCUCUGUUGGUAAAAGGAGGGUGCUCGUAGUUGCACUCUCAACAUUGGCGGUGUUAGUGGUCUGCUAUGGACCCUACAACAUAUCUCACGUGGUGGGGUUUGUUCUGUACACCAACGUGGAAUGGAGAAGCGAAGCCAUGCUGACCAGCUCCUGCAAUGUCUUCCUGGAGCCCGUGAUCAUGCUGAUGAUGUCGCCAUGGACACCAAAGGAUUUAGUUGACAGAUUGUGCAACAGACGAGGAACUAAAUCCAGCUACAGGUCAUGGCAUCAGGGCAAUGGUAAGGGAUCUUCCAGGAACCUCCAAGGGACUGCACAAGGGGUGACAACUAAAACCAGGCAGGAAAGAGUCUAAAGAUGACAACAAGAAAAAAAAGAGAGCUAUUAGGGGCUUUUAGAGGUAUACUUUACCUGUUGUGGGUGUGUCUUUGAUGCUCCGCCCUAAACAACGUCUGUCGCCAGGGCAGCCACUGAACAUUGUUCCAAGCUCCAUGAUGAGAGCUGUUUGAACUGUAGUUGCAUAUUUACACCUCAAAAAACAUGUUCUUCCUAAAAAAUGUAAGACAUGUAGACAUGUCACAUAAUGUUUUUGU